AUGACAGAACAGCAGUUAAAAACAUUAUGCCAAAAGCGAGGACAGACCAAAGCCAAGCUUACUAGAUUUAAAAAGUAUGUAGAUGCAAUAGUAGAUAAUGACUUGUCCCAGUUAAAAAGUAGACUAGCCCUAUUUCAACCUCUUGUACAAGAAUUUGAACAGAUACAAGGAGACAUAGAACUUCUUGAUUCUGAAUCAGAUCACGAAGCUGAAAGGGAAUCGUUUGAAAACACUUAUUUUGAAUUGAUUGCCCAAGCAGAAGCUCUCCUCACUGACAACCAACCAAUUUCAACCCCAUCUAGCUCGGUAGUUUCUAAUAAUUCAUCAAUUAGUGUAAAGUUGCCUACUAUAAAACUCCCUACAUUUGGUGGAAAAUACGAGGAGUGGACAUCGUUCCAAGAAAUAUUUCAUUCUCUCGUCCAUGACAACACGUCACUAACAGACACACAAAAGUUUCAUUACCUCAAAACAUCACUUCACGGUCCAGCUAUCAGCGUCAUAGAAUCCUUAGAAGUUACCUCAGUAAACUACACGACUGCUUGGUCCCUACUUAAGGAAAGGUUUGAAAAUAAAAGAAUCCUCAUCAACAAUCACAUAGCUUCUCUAUACAACAUCAACAAAAUUGAAAGGGAAUCUGGAUUAGAGUUAAGAUCAUUAAUAGAUUCUGUAAACAAGCAUUUACGUGCUCUAGAAAACCUAGGUCAUCCAGUGCAAAGUUGGGAUACUUUAUUGAUAUUUACAUUGACCAAGAAGCUUGACCACCCUACACUUAGACUUUGGGAGAGCCACAUUGUAUCGUCAGAUGUACCAACAUUCUCAAAUUUCAUAACAUUCCUAAAAUCUAGAUGUCAAACAUUAGAAGCAAUCGACUUGAAUCAUAGCGAUCAAUCCACUAGUCCAUAUAGUCAUAGCAACAAAAUGCUACAUCACAAUAGACAUAACACCAUAAGCAAUAGUCAUAGCAAGCAGUCAAGUGGUAGUCCACAUAGUUAUAGCAACCAAAUGCUACCUCACGUCAGACAACACACUACUCUAGUUACCAGCAGCAGUAGUGUAACAUGUCCAUAUUGCAAUGGCAAUCACAAGAUAUUCCAAUGUAAUCAGUUCAAGUCACUGAAGCCCACAGACCGGUAUUCCAGUAUCAAGGAGCUAGGUAUGUGCAUAAACUGCUUCUCAAAAUCACACAAAAUUAAAGACUGUCAAGCAGGAGCCUGCAAAGUGUGUAACAAUAAACACAACACAAUGUUACAUUUUGACUCGGACACUGAAAAUCAUCACAUCAUCGACCAAUCUACAGAAGAACAACCAAACAAUCAUAGUACAUCUUUCAUGACAACAACACUUGCAUCUCACUGUGACAACCUUCAAGUAGUACUACCCACUGCAUUGGUCGACGUAGAAGAUAAUGAAGGCAACAAGCACCAAUGCAGAGUACUAUUAGAUUCAGCUUCACAAUCUAACUUCAUCACAGAAAACAUGGCAGAUAAGUUAAGAUUGCACAAACACAAAACGUCUACCAUCGUAAGUGGGAUCAGUGAACAACAGGCAAACACUUCUAGCUCUGUCGUCUGCAAACUUCAUUCUCAACACACAGCUUACAAGACUUCAAUAGACUGCCUAGUAAUUCCAAAAAUCACCCAUCACCUACCACGUAUAGAGAUGAACACGGACAACUGGCAGAUACCACCAUCAUUAAACUUAGCAGACUUUCGAUUCAACACACCUGGUCCGAUCGACAUGCUUAUCGGGGCCGAACUAUUUUUCCAUCUCUUGAACAUAGGACAAAUGAGGCUGCACCAAAAUGGACCACUUCUUCAGAAGACAUCUCUUGGAUGGGUCGCUUCUGGAAAAGUUAAAACAAAUCACAGUCCAACUCUACGUUCACACUGUCACCUCACCGUCAGCAACUACGGAGAUAUGUCUACACCUCAUUCUGUCAACGCUACCAACUUAGGGAGGUCAGUGGAUCAGCAAUGGAGAUCACAAGCCUCCAACUUCCAUUCUAAUCAGCGGGCGAUCAUCAGAGAUGACAACCGACACUUCACCAGUGGGAAACUGCGAGGUCCAUUGACGUCCAUCCCGGAGCCGACGGCAAGGUCAGGGUGGCCACAGUCAAGACAGCAACAGGGAUCUUCAAAAGAGCCGUCAACAAACUCUGCGUCCUCCCCAUUGAGCCCAGUGAUCCUGUGUCAUGUGUCAACCCAAAUGGUCAAUCAGAGUGAAAGUGAGUGA